GUGUUCACAUUUGUAAAGGGCUCAAAGCUCUCUCCUUUUCUGCAAAAUGUGAGAUUUUUAGUGAGAGAAAGAACAAAACAAUGGAUGUCUUUGUUUUGUCUUUGUGGGUCUAAAUUUUAACACACAUUUCUUCUUCUUCUUCUGCUUAUCUAUUGGAAACCACCGACAGUGAAGAGAGAGACAGAGGUUGGCGAAUAAAGCAACGUAAUAAUAUUUAUAUAAAAGAGAAGAAUGUAUGGGGAUUGCCAAGUGAUGUCGAGCAAUAUGGGAGCAAACAUGGCUUCCUCUGAAUCUCUCUUCUCUUCUCCCAUUCAAAACCCUAAUUUCAACUUCAUUUCCAAUUUCCACCACUUCCCUUCCAUUGUUCCUAAGGAAGAAAAUGGGUUGAUUAUGAGAGGAAAAGAAGAUAUGGAAAGUGGGUCUGGAAGUGAACAGCUUGUUGAAGAAAACCCAGGAAUUGAAAUGGAAAGUAAUGAUAAUAUUAUGCAAAAUCAGAAGAAAAAACGCUAUCAUAGGCAUACUGCUCGCCAGAUCCAAGAAAUGGAAGCUUUGUUUAAGGAAUGUCCACACCCAGAUGACAAGCAGCGCCUCAAACUCAGCCAAGAACUCGGCCUCAAACCUCGCCAAGUCAAGUUUUGGUUCCAAAAUCGAAGAACCCAAAUGAAGGCACAACAAGACAGAUCUGAUAAUGUGAUACUUAGGUCUGAAAAUGAUACCUUAAAGAAUGAGAAUUAUAGACUGCAAACUGCCUUGAGAAACAUUAUAUGCCCUAGCUGUGGAGGGCAAGGUAUCCUUGGAGAGCCAAGCUUGGAUGAACAGCAGCUUCGCCUUGAGAAUGCUAGACUUAGAGAACAGUUGGAACAAGUUUGCUCCUUCACCUCAAGAUACACUGGUCGCCCACUCCAAGGGAUGUCCUCCACAGCUCCCCCUCUUAUGCAACCAUCUCUUGAUUUGGACAUGAACAUAUACUCAAGGCAAUACACAGAGGCCAUGGUAUCGUCCUCCGAAAUGAUGCCACUGGCGUCGAUGCUCCCGCCCGACGCCGCUCACUUCCCAGAAGGCGGUCUAUUAAUCGAGGAGGAAAAAACAUUAGCUAUGGAUCUUGCUAUAUCGUCCAUGGCUGAACUCGUGAAGAUGUGCCGCUUAACCGAGCCGCUUUGGAUUCGAAACAGCGAGAGCGGUAAGGAAGUUCUAAAUGUAGAAGAACAUGCCAGGAUGUUUCCAUGGCCAAUGAACCUCAAACAACACUUGAUGAAUGAGUUUAGAACCGAAGCCACUCGUGAUAGCGCCGUUGUUAUAAUGAACAGCAUCACCCUCGUCGACGCCUUUCUCGACGCGAACAAAUGGAUGGAGUUAUUCCCUUCACUCGUGGCCAAAGCAAAAACUGUGCAAAUCAUUUCAUCAAGUGUUUCAGGCCAUGCGAGCGGCUCCCUUCGAUUGAUGUAUGCAGAACUUCAAGCUCUUUCUCCAUUAAUUCCGACGAGGGAAGCCCAUUUCCUCCGGUGCUGCCAGCAAAACGCCGAUGAAGGCAGCUGGGCAAUUGUUGAUCUUCCGAUCGACAGCUUUCACGACAGCCUCCAGCAUUCGUUCCCCAGAUACAGGAGAAGGCCGUCCGGCUGCAUUAUCCAAGACAUGCCCAACGGAUAUUCGAGGGUUACAUGGGUGGAGCACGCGGAGAUAGAAGAGAAGCCAAUCCAUCAAAUAUUCAAUAAUUUUGUUCAUAGUGGAAUGGCUUUUGGGGCGCAUCGCUGGUUGGCUAUUUUACAAAGGCAAUGCGAGAGAAUUGCAAGCCUCAUGGCUCGAAACAUUUCUGAUCUUGGAGUGAUACCUUCGCCAGAAGCAAGACAGAACUUAAUGAAAUUGGCACAAAGAAUGACCAGAACUUUCUCACUUAACAUAAGCACCUCCGGUGGCCAGUCGUGGACCGCGUUGUCCGAUUCUCCUGAUGAUACUGUUCGUAUAACGACUCAAAAAAUUGUCGAGCCUGGCCAACCUAAUGGGGUUAUUCUUAGUGCUGUCUCCACCACUUGGCUUCCCUAUCCUCAUUACCGCGUCUUCGAUCUUCUUCGAGAUGAACGACAACGAUCCCAGCUGGAGGUUCUUUCCAAUGGGAAUUCACUGCACGAGGUUGCUCACAUUGCUAAUGGCUCCCACCCUGGAAACUGCAUAUCUCUGCUUCGUAUCAAUGUGGCCAGCAAUUUCUCCCAGCAUGUUGAGCUGAUGCUGCAGGAGAGCUGCACGGACCAGUCCGGCAGCCUCGUCGUCUUCGCUACGAUCGACGUCGAUUCGAUUCAGUUAGCCAUGAGUGGAGAAGACUCCUCCAGCAUUCCCCUCCUCCCCAUAGGAUUUUCCAUCGUCCCCGUUGUCGAUUCGACUGCCGAUGGACGCCUAGCAUCAUCGCCACCCAAGGACGGUGCUACUAAUGCUGCAGUUGUCAACUCCGGCUGCUUACUUACCGUCGGCCUGCAAGUUCUAGCCAGCACCAUUCCAUCGGCCAAGCUCAACCUGUCUAGUGUAACCGCCAUCAACAACCAGCUCUGUAACACGCUCCACCAAAUUAACGCUGCUCUUGGCUGCAGCUCAACUCAGCUCGAGAAUGCCAAUGCCGCUGUCGACCAGAAUACUGCACUGCCGCUGCCGACACAACCGCCACCCAAGCAAUAAGCUCCGUUCGCAUGGUUUGGAAAGAAAGAAGAAGCUGUCAGCUCCCAAUUACCCAAAAUCUCCCUCCCUCAUGCCACCUUGACGUGGAUUCCAAGGGUAAUUUCGGUAACUUGAAAAAAAUGCUAGGGCUUUUGAGCGGGAGAUUGUGGAUAAUUGGGAGAGAGAGAGAGAGAGAGAGUAAAUUAGUUUUAAAAAGUGUAAUUAAUUAUAAAUAUAGUAAGUAGUAGUUUUUGGAGGGUAAAUAAGAGAGAGAUUCGGGUAAAAAGGUUUUAUGUAUGGAUGUGGAUGAAGGUGUAGGUUUGUUGUGGAAGUCAAGAACGCACCAGAUAAAAUCCUUGAUCUCUGACAAUACUGUCAGAAAGUGGGGCCCUGUCCAGUCAGCAAGGUUUGUGGUUCGGGCAUUGACUUCUUCUGCUUAAUGCUGUGUCUGUCAGACGGCGUCGUUUCGCUUGCUUUUCAAUUCUUAUUUUUGUUAAGAUGAAUCAUUAUGACUCUAAAUUUAAUGCUUUUGGUCAAUUUCCUUUUCUA